UGUUGGAGGUAGGUUGUUUUUCUACUCGUGUCUUUUCUUCGUGAAUUGUUUCACGUUGAAUUUUUCAAGGAAAAAAAAAACAAACAAUUUUUUAUCCUCCCUAUUACUAAUGAUCGAAUAAAAAGUGUGUCGAUACUCUUUCUCCCCCUUCCCCUCAAUUCUUCUUCUUUUUUUUAACGUUUUGUUUUCUAUAUGAAUUGUGAGUGUAAGUUCGCGAGUGAUUGACAAUCAUGAGUGUCCUGUCAUUUGUUUGGGUGAUUUUGAUGCUUAGCAUCCAAAUAACAGUUCUUGCUGGUCUCAAAUGCGAUGCUGUCAAACCAUAUUUUGAGACACAUGGAUUUCCUGCCAGUGAUAUUCCUAAGGAGCCAAUUUCAUCGAGAGAAUUAAAGACAUGCGGAGGAAUAAGUAGUGGAGGUGAAGUAUGCUGUUCAGCGGAUAUGGAAUUGCGACUACAGGCGAGAGCUCGAGAUAAACAUGAGAAAGCAACAAGAGACACUCUUCAUCGACUGCAACAAUUGCUCGUCACAAGAGGAACUAGAUUUCACAAUUAUUUUCAAGAUCUUUUGAAAUCGAGCAAAGUCGGAUUUCAUGACAUGUUUAAGAAGACUUAUGGCAUCUUAUAUGAACAGAAUUCAUACGUCUUCACAGACCUUUUCAAAGAGCUGGAAAAAUACUACGACACAGGAUCGGUUGAUUUGGACGAUGUGAUGGAUAAUUUUUUCAACACUCUCUAUCAAAAAAUGUUUACUGUAUUGAAUAGUCAGUAUACAUUUGAUGCAAAAUAUUUGGAAUGUGUUGGAAUGCACAUGAAAGAAAUGGGACCAUUUGGAGACGUGCCUUCAAAAUUAGGAAAUCAAGUUAAAAGGUCAUUUGUCGCCACUAGAGCAUUCAGUCAAGCUCUAAGUGUUGCAGCUGAUGUCUUGAAAAAUAUGCAAACGUUAAAACCAUCAACUGAGUGUGCCGCAGCAUUAACGAGAAUGACUGCCUGUCCAUCUUGUAGCGGGAUUCCUGGCAAUGUUUUGGCGUGUAGUGACAUGUGCGCAAAUGUGAUGAAGGGCUGUCUAGCACAUCACGCAGCACUUGACGCUGAAUGGAAUCAUUUUGUCGAGGCUGUCAAUAAUGUGGCUGAUCGACUUUUGGGUCCAUUUAAUAUAGAAAUGUUGGUGCGACCGAUUAAUUUGAAAAUUUCCGAAGCUAUAAUGAAUUUUCAAGAGAAUAGUCAUGAAGUUUCGCAAAAAGUUUUUGCCGGCUGUGGUAAACCACUUUUGGGACGACGCAGAAGACGAAGUAAAGAUAUUGAUUUGGAAUCAUUGAAUUAUGAUGAAAAUUUAAUGUCAGAAGAUCGUUCAUCGACGGCAGUAAUGCUUGACAAACUGGUGAAGGAGAUCAAACAGAAAAUCAGAGACUCAAAACAAUUUUGGGUAUAUUUACCCUAUCAAUUGUGCAAUGAUGGUCUUGUGGUUCCUCCCAGUAAUACUAAGGAAUGUUGGAAUGGCACUCAUGUAGAUAAAUACAUAUAUCCAGUGUCUUCGGAUGGUGAGACACAAACCUUAAAUCCCGAAGUGAGAGAAGGUGGUCCCAGGCCAGCAAUAGUUAGAGAACAACUAUUUCAACUAACGACCAUUACGAAUAGGCUACGCUCUGCCUACAAUGGUCACGACGUUGAUUGGAUCGAUACAGAAGAAUCGUGGUAUGGAUCCGGAAGUGGUUCCGGUGACAAUGCCGAGGAAGAUCCAAUAACCGAUGACGAAGACGGAUUUAGAGAAGGUUCGGGCUAUGAUCCAGAGCCUGUUCCCGAAGUUCCGAAAAACAAUUUACCUCCUCUUGUUCAUAAAGAUAUCACCCCUCGGGUUGAUAUUGAACCGAAGACGCCGAGUGUCAACAAUAAAACAUCGUCCGUUGACAGUGGUGCGCCGAGGCAAAAGAUGUCGCUAUCGAGAGCAUUAGCGACGUAUCUUUUCCCAAUAGCUGUUAUGUGGUUUGGCGGUUGUCUUACCGAGUGGCUGUGAUUUUGUGGUUUUUAAAUCCACAUAAUAUUGUGUAAAUAUUUUCUUUUUUUUGAACUAUUUUUUGUUUCGAUCUGAUCGAGAAAGCGGACCGUGUACUCAGUUGAUUAUAAGUGAAUCGAAAGUGAACUCGUUGACAACAGAAGUGCCAGUGAAAAGUAAUUUUUUUUUUUUUUUUUUUUUCGAAAACGACGAGCUGGCUCAACAAAUUCGUGUAUUUUUAAAGUGAAAAACUUAGGACAUUAGUUUUUCUUCUAUUUCCAUCGACGAUAAUAUGGUACUCCGUUGAUUCUCGUGAAAAUCGUUAACUUUAUCUGACGAAACUGAGUAUACGAAAAGCAAAACGGGACUGAAUAUUUAUUAAGCGUUCGUUGUGUAUUGUAUAGUUCUUGAAGCGACGCUUGCUGGAGAAAAAGAAAUCGAAGUGUAGAAACUUUCUCGACAUUCAUUUUUCAAAACAAAAAAAUACGUAAAAAAAAUACUGAAUCUUUAAUUCAGAAUUUCGAGAUUAAGUUUCUUAUCUUCGUUUUUAAUGUCUGUAAAUAAAAUGGAAGGAGAACUACGAAUCGUUCCGAAAUCUUGGAAAUAUUUUAAAUUUUAUUAAAAUAAUUUAAAAUUAGUACUGAUAUUUCGACAACGAUUACAGCAUCAAAUGCGGUACAAUCCUCAAACCUUAGAUAGUGUUAUUUAAAUUAAUCAUAUUAUAAAUUAUUUCUGACUAAAAAGUAUUUUUAAUUUUUUUCUGGCUUAAUUAUUUCAAAAUUUAGUGAUUUUACAAAAAAAAAAAAAAAAAAAUAGAAUUCCAGUGAUUUUUUUUUUAAAAAGUACAAGUCCAUUGAAUGGUGAAAAAAAAGUAAUAUAUGUAUAUUUAAUUAAUUAGUUAAGAAUCAUUCGUAACUCUCCUUCUUAAUCUUUAGCUAUUAGAUUUGGUAUUUUAUUAAAAGAAAAAUAAAUAAAUAAAGCGUCAGUGUGGCGUCAGUAUGCGGUCAAAAACUGACUCCUGUGAUAAAGUCAAAAAAUAAGCCGUGACCGUGAAAAAAAAAAACUUCCACACCAUCUUGACGAAUAACUUCGGCAUAUAAUAGAUGUCUUACAAAUCUAGUGAAAUAUUAAAAUUUAAUAUUAUAAAUAUAUAAUUAUUUGUAAUUAUAUUAUAAAUAUAAAAAUAUAUAUAUAUAUAAAAUUAAUAUAAAAAUAAUUCGACUACGUUUAAAAUGGUUUAUCAAGAAACGUACAUAUUUUGAUUCACAUUGUGAAUCGACAUUUAUAUUAUAGGUUUAUCAAAUUGAACCAAGUCUCUGCCAAACAUGCGUUAGGAAACUAAUUUUUCAGAAGCAAAAUAUAUAUAUAUAUAUAUAUAUAUAACCGAAAUUCAAAAAUCGAAUUGGAAAUUUAUUCUAGCUAAACAAAAUUCAUUUAUAAUAACUGCUCAAGUAUAUCUUUUUCAAAUCAAUUUGUAUUAAAGAAUAUUUAUUUUAUUGUAAGUAAUUUAAUUAACUUAUUUCUUUAAGAAUUUAUGUAUUUGUAAUUUUUUUUUAUUCUCAAUUGAAAAAAUUUUUCUUUAGUAAUACAUUUUAGAAAUAUUGUACAAUUUAAAAAUUUCAAUUAAUUUCUAUUUUAGUUUGUUUUUUCAGGUAUUCAAUAAAUUAAUUGAAAUUUUUGCAUUGUACUUUUUUUUCUUAUAUUUAAAAUUGCUUCACGUUAAAAAUUAUUUUCGAAAAUACAGGGUUUUUAAAAAUGUUUCUAUUAAAUGUCUGCAAAGUAUGGAAUAUUGUACUUGAAAAUAUGGAAAGUAUCGUGCUCCAAAUGUACAGAAAUUCAUGAACAAAUUAGUUUGAAAAAUAGUGUCGAGCAUAAAUAGAGGAUUUUUAUUAAAUAAUAAUUCAAUUAUAGAAAUGUAAUAUGUAAAAAAAAGUAUAGGUGUUAGGUGUUCCCUUCUAGAAUGGAAUCAAAACAUUUUUAUUAUUUUCGCAGCAAUUUGUCUUCUUUUCAUUUAUAAAAGAAAAAAUCAUUCUCAAUACGAAAUUUUUCGUCUUUAUUCUUAUAUAGUAUAUAUAUACGUAAAAUAAGAGUGAAAAGAAACUAAUUGUUGUGAGAAUAUUAAAUAAAAACGUUGUCAUUAAAAGUGCCCCAGAAGAACACAUUUUGUCUGAAAUCAGAGUAAAAACUUCGUCGAUUUAUCUGGAAAUUAGAAAAACAAAACAAUAAUUUUAUAAAUCAAGAGUUGACGAUUUUGUCUGAUAUUUCAAAAAAAAAAAAAAUAAUAAUUCGACGAUUUCUCUGUAUGCGUGAAUGAAUGUAUCAAGCGUGAUUGAUCUGUUCGAUGUACAAGUACACAAUGGAUACAACGAGCCUUUGUUAUUGACGGCGGUAAACGAACUGACUACGUCGGUUUAUGUUUGAAAAGCAGAACUGAAAAUGCCUUAAACUCCGAAAUAACUGCCUUUCUUUUUCUUUUUUUUUUGUGAAAUUUUGUUCUCAAUAUCCAUUGUGCACUAUUUCCAUUUAAAUGUACACAAGAGUAUAAACUAUUUCAAUAUUGUCCACUUUUUUUUUUUAUCGUUACAGUACUUAUAUGGACUUUGCCGCGAUAGAAAAUCCGAUAACAUUUCUAUAUAUUUAAUAUAUACGUAUUGUAACGUUCCGAUCUCGAUAAAAGUUUACAGCUGCCACAAUAUAGGCCGAUCGUGUGUAUUUGUAUUGCAACAGAGUUUCAUAAAGUCAGAUUUGGCAGUGAGUCCAAAUCACGUCAAAAUUCAUUGACCGUGCAUUUAAAGAAAUGGAUUCGUUUUUGUGCAGACAUCUUUUUGUGACACACACGUUUGUAGUAUUUAAAUGAAUACGCGAUAUUCUGAUAAAUUUUUUUUUUUACUAAAUUCCAAUAAUUUCCUUUUUCACUUUUAUACAUGUAUAUUUUCUUGAUAUUUCGAAUUUUUUACUCCAAUUUUUUCUUAUCAAUGUUUUAUAUUCCCUUCAAUUCUGAAUGUUUUUAUGAAUGAAAUUGGAACAAUUUUUAUAUUUUAUGUACUUUUACAUCCGAAAAUAGAAAAUAUUAAUUUAAAUAUCGAUGAAUGUGAAAAUGUAUUAUUUGAUGAGUAAAUUAUUAUUAUUUUUUUUUAAUAAAAGAUUUUUAUUUUUUAUUUUCAUGUAUAAACGUUCAGAAUUUCGGGUAAUUUUUUUUUUUUAAUUAGAAAUGAAACUGAAGUUUGCAUUAUUUACAAAAAAUAGAAAAUGUAUAUUUUAUAAUUUAACUAUUUGAAAUAAUCAUAAAAUAAAGUGUAAUUUAAUAAUCAACAAACCAGAAAGAAUUAUUAAUUUAAAUUAAAUUUUAAAAAAUUAAAUAUUUUUUGUAAAAAUUGCAAACUUUAGGUUUAUGAAUAGAAAUGCAAAAUAGUUUCAUUUUUUUUUUUUUAAUUUUAACUUUAGAAUCAAGUCUGAUGAGUCUCUGUUGUUAUAGAAAUUGUGAAUCAUGUGAAUAUUUCUGUUACGUGAGGAAUACCUGAUACUGCCUGUACAUUGUGAUAAAAAAGAAAGGAAAACUUGUAUAAAAAAAACAAAUUGUGUAAUGCGUUGUUCCAUUCCACUUGCGUGAUACGUGGAGACAUUUAAGAAAUUGUUUAAAGUCAUUUUGAAUUGCGUGCGAGGAAAGAGUGCGUGUAAUAGUUAACUUUUUUUUGAGAGAAAAAGUUGUAUGUAAUUUCUUUCUGAAAACAUAAAAAAUGUGUGCCAUAUUUUGUAUGGCUACUGUUAAGAAGAAAACUUGAAUUCAUGCCAUGUUAUGUUAGUCGAUCAGUGAAUUUUUUUUAUUUUUUUUUCUUUUUUAACAGGAUAAGGAAGAAAGUCGUGAAUAUUUUAAGGAGCGAUAUUUACUUUUUAAGAUUCAUUUUUCACUUUUUUUUUUUUUUUUUCUAUUGAAACCUUGUAAAUGUUUCAGGAACAACAAAUUCUGUGCUUUUUCUAUAAUGUAGUAGCGAUAUCAAAUUUUAUUUAAUGAUUCAACUUAUUGAAUAAAUUUCAAUAUUUAAAUAA